AUGUCUGAGAAACAUCCGGAGUACUUGCUCCGCGACUGCUCUUCCCUCUUCGACCGUCUUUGCGGAGAGCGUGCCGGCGAAACCCCCACAGAUGAACCCAUCGAGCUGAAAGACACAGAGCCGGACUUGUUCCGGCGGAUGCUCCUCUGGGUCUACCGUGGGGAAUUAACCCCUCCAAUCUAUCCCUUCCCCGGGGACGGAGAGUUUCUCGUGGACCUGUGGGCUCUUGCCGAGAGACUUGAGAUCCCGAACCUACAGAACCGCGCUUUCCAGGCCCUCAAAGCGGAGAUCGAGAACAGGUCGCCAAGAUCGGUAACCUCGGAGAUGAUUCGCCACGUUUAUCAUAAGACCGGGAAGGGCUCCUCGUUGCGUAUCUAUACGGUUGGUGCAUGGAGGCUGUAUACGCCGAGACGUCAGCUCAGACGCGACCAGGAUAUACUGCCGAGGGAGUUUAUCGAGGAUAUUUACGAGGCCAUACUGGAAGGUAGUGUUUUUUCGUUCAGGAUGACUUGGGAGAGAGUUUGA